AGAGGUAGAACUGUCAAAAUUUUGCAGGACAGCGAGACACAUGCAAACGCUGUUUACAAUUUCCUUACCCCGACGACAUCUCAGUGUUUGUUGUUUUGUAGUGUUGUUUUGGUUUGGCCUGUCUGCUCCUCUCCAUAUUCGUACAAUGUCUUCCGAUACCGCGGGUGCAGUGUUAUUCUUGUGUUUGUGAUCAUACAGAGCUUAAGUAUUUGUGUACGACUGGUGUGUUUUGCGUAACGAAGUCGCUAUGGGCGCAAAAGCGAGUACCGCAAAUGGAGGGCAGAGUCCACGUACGAGGACAUUCUCCACGAGCUCGAGCUCGGAGGUGGUGUCCGGGACUCAGGGGUUCAGUUUGCUGCGCGCAAUACCUGGUAUUCAGGUGUCGAACGACCGUCAACGGGCCAGAUCCCUGUCAUCUGUGCCCGACCUGCACGCUUCGCAUGAAGCAAUUGCGAUCCCGCCAAAUUCGCAGAGCUAUGAGGCGUCGGCGGCCGCAAGUCCGGACACAGACUCUAGUUCCAACGAGGACGCAGGCCCCGUGGCUGGCACUUCCUUGUCCCUGGGCAGGGUAUACGCGGCUCACUCCUUGCCUUCACAUAUCUGGUCUAUAAAUGGCAUAAAAUGUCCGGUGUGCAGCAAGUUCGUGUUGCCGGACGACAUAGAGUGUCACCUGGUCAUGUGCCUCACCAGGCCUCGCCUCUCAUACAACGAGGAUGUGCUGAGCGAUUCAAAGGGAGAGUGCGUGAUCUGUCUAGAGGAACUGUCAGCUGGAGACACCAUAGCGCGCCUGCCAUGCCUCUGCAUCUAUCAUAAAGGAUGUAUAGACCAAUGGUUUGAAGUCAACAGAUCGUGCCCCGAGCAUCCCGGCGACUAGUGGCCGCGCGAAAACACCGGCCGCUCGGCCACG